AUGGUUGAUCUCUCCCGGAGCCGGCGGGCAACGACAACAAACGGCAAUUCGGGGCCUGACUCGACCAGAAAAGAUGUCGAGUCGGUCGCACAAGUAGUGGUACGAGUCGCUCGAGGCACCAAUAGGCGGAAUUGGACGAUACAGACAAGAGAGACGAAGGCGGCGUUUGUUUGCUUGUCGAUUGCGAGUGGAGGAGCAAGUUUCGAGCAAGAGUGGGACAGCCAUGCGCGCGCGUCUUCACCUGGGGAAACGCCCUCACCCAUCGACGACGUCAUUCCACGAUUCAGCUCUGCUAAAACAUUCAACAUGGAAGCCAAGAAAGAGAGACACUCCCCCCAUCUACCAAUCAACCAAACACGUGCCUUCCCCCCCUGGGCCCAGUCACCCAUCAUCACCACAUUCUCCAAACGAAUCCAAACACCAAAGUCGCUCGCACAAAGCAAAGCACACUAG